ACGCUCUCGACCACUAUCGAUGUAUACGACGAACCGAUUUUUGGACUCCUCGAGUCGUUUGAGCUCCUCGCGCAGCAAUCUGCGCUUCUCCGCGACCAAGGAGGCGAUCUAACGCCAGUUCCUCCUCAAGCGAUCGAUGAAUUGAUCAUCCUUCAUUUAAUCCUCUAUUGUUGGAUUUGAAUCGAAGUAUCUGUCGCCCCGCGCAAAUCUGUCGAUGGGAACGCCGGAAUUCCCUCAUCUAGGGAAGCAUUGCAGCGUCUCCGACUGCAGACAGAUCGAUUUCCUUCCCUUCACCUGUGAUCGCUGCAAUCAGGUUUGCUGUCUGCAACACAGAAGUUACAUCAAUCAUGGAUGCCCUAAUGCCAGUCAAAAUGAUGUGACUGUUUUAAUUUGCCCACUAUGUGCUAAGGGAGUUCGUCUGGUCCUUGAUCAAGACCCAAACAUAACUUGGGAGUCACAUGUUAAUACUGAUUGUGACCCUUCAAACUACCAAAGAGCAACUAAGAAAAGACAUUGUUCUGUCCCGGGAUGCAAAGAAGUGCUAAACUUAUCCAACUCCAUCAGAUGCAGAGAUUGUACUAAAGAACACUGUUUGAAGCAUAGAUUUGGGGCUGAGCACAGUUGUCCAGGGACCAAGAAACCUGAAUCUGGUUUUCCAUUUGCUGGUCUAUUGAGUAGGAGCCAGAAAGGGAAAUCACCACAAAGUAGCAGUUCUACUUCCUCAUGGUGGGGUUCUGGUUUCAUGAAUGCAGUCUCAAAUGCACGUGCCUCGGCUGAAUCAGGCAUGCUGAAAUUUAGUAAUGCAACAGCACAAGCGUUACAGAAGGCAAGAAGUGGAGUUGCAGUAGGCAGCAACAGCGGUGAACUUGUGGAACUGUGCAUUCAUUGUCAAGCGAGGUUUUCAUCUGUUUCUGAUUUGAUUGCGCACGUUGAGAGAUAUCAUCAACAAAGUUCUAAACCAGCAGUCAAUAAAGUGAUAAUUGAUGUUUGCCCAAAAUGUAGCAGAGGUUUUAGGGAUCCUGUAGCAUUGGUGGAGCAUGUUGAAAGAGACCAUGGAGGAACUUCAAUCGCAAAAUAGACAAAUUAUUUUUGAGGUUCUCUGUGGAGACAACUAAAAGUUUGUGUUCCAGGAAAAUGAGGUGCAAAUUAACUUUGAGAAUCAUCUGCCUUAAGCUAUAGGAACGACUCAAGUUGUAUCAUGAAGUUUUUUUGUCUAAUUGUCAAGUGAUUUGAUCACUAAUGUUAUUAUCUAAACCUUCAAAAAGUUGCUGGGCGGCUAGGUUUUUCUUCCUCUAAAACUAUAUUACACAAAUUUUGAUUUAAAUUUUGCAAUUCUCUUUACACCUGGCGCAUACCCUUAGACGCAUAUAUUAAAUUUGUUGUGCAGCUAGGUCAGUAAUAAAUUCUUUUUAAGUUGAGGACAACUGAUAGAGUUCUUUUGAUAAAA